AUGAACGUUGAGUCUCUUGUGGAGACUCUCGUGGAUGAAUAUGUAUCGCCCGAGAAGGUGAUGUUUCGCUAUGAUCGGGAAAAGAAAGUGGAGCUAAUGUACGAGCGGAAAAAGGAUAAAGAAGUGAAAAAAAUAAGGGCGAAUAUUGUAAAGCAAUUAAUCCAUCUGAUGGAGAUAAAUCAGACACAAGAGAAAAACACAAAUGGUACUCUGAUACAAAUAAUAGGUGCCUUGAAAAGGUUCCUAUUCUGCAAUGAAAAUAUGAAGAGAGGAUCCGCAGUGAAUUUAAUUGCUCAGCUGUUUGAGGAGAUCAGUAUGGUCGACUUAGAUACAGAGUACUUCGAAUGUUUGAUCCUUUUUUAUAUUAAGCUAAUUGAAGACUGGCACUGCAUCAAUGGGGUUACUACAUUUCUGUUAAUCAUGUUUGAGCGAUACAGGGACCUGUUGAGGGGGAUGAAGUUUUCUUGCGAUAUGAAGAGAACGUAUAAGGUUUUAUUCGCAUCGAGGCGUGGGAAAGAAAAGAAGGAUCUUGGGGGGGUGGACGUGUCUGGCCAAGUCGAUCAAGGUGAUCGUCCAAAUGGGGUUGCUGAUCCUGGGGGUGGUGAGGACGAUUGGGGCCAGUACAAAGGAUAUUCCACUUUUAAGGAAAACAGGGGAGUCUACUAUUCAGAUGCAUCUGUAGAAGAUGAUGACGAUGAGGAUGGUUAUGAAGAACGCGGUGGGUUUCAACGUGAAGACGAUAACGAAGGUGACGAUGAUGACGAUGAAUCGGAGGAAGAAGUGGAGAAAGAAAAAAACGCCUGCGUUGUGUACAAGAUAAUGAAGAGCCUGUUUAAGCACAUCCACGCACCGAGCUUCCUGCAAAACAUAAGGCUGAAUUGUUACCGCAUCAUUUUGAUAUCUUUGCAGGAGUUUCGAGCCGAGAUGGUAGCCAUUCCAAAUUUCAUCGACAAGAUCCAGGUUCAGCUAGAGAAUGAGUCGGACCCCAGGAACAUUUUGGUGCUCUUUGACAUUAUACACGUUCUGUGUAGUGCAUACAUAACGCAUCAAGAAGGGGGGCAAGUUCAAUUGGGCGGUACGGAAGAAGGGGAGAACUGUGGCAUCGCGAGCGGCGAAGGGGAGGAAGUAGCUAAGGAGGGGGAAUGGAAGGAAGGUACCCACGAAAGAAGCCCAGGAGUUGCGCCCACCGACGAAAGAAAUCCAGGAGCUCUGUUCACCCAUGAAAGUAAUCCAGGAGCUCUGUUCACCCGGGACAGAGAAACAUACUACCUCAAAUCCGUGAUCGACAUUGCCUUCUAUUAUUUUCCCAUAGAAUUUGUAAACAACGAAGCAAGAUACGACAGUAUCACAGAGGAGGACCUACAGAAAGCGUUUUACAAAUGUUUGAAAUCAAAUAAACGGUUAGGGAAUCACGUAAUAAUGAGCAUCUUAGAUGAAUUAUACAACACAGAAGAUGAUGAAAUAAAUGAAAAAAAUUUACAAAAUAUUAAAGACACCCUUGAAGUAUGUGCACCAUUUUAUGGUAGUGUAUGUUGCUCAGGGUUCGUCUCCACGAUCACAGGACUCAUCGAAUUGGAGUGCAUUGACAGUGACGCCUCGGACAAAAUGGCAAAUUAUUUUGUAAAAAUACUUUUGCUAUUCUUCAAAAUUAUAAAUGAAGAAGAGGAUGAGCACCUAAGGCAAUCAUUAUUCGAUCUGCACUUUGCUGGGAUGUUUCGAAAAUUUAACAAUUUCCUCGUUCUGCACAAGCGUCUUUGUGGUGGAAAGACACCCUUAGGUGGGGUUGGAUUGGAAACGGUGGCCCCCCCUGUGUGGGUAUCCUCCACUGAUCCAGAGAAGUUGGCGGAGCUAUUCCAUUUGAAGGAAAUUGCAAAUUUGUCCGAUUCUUCCAAGUCGGGAAGUGUCCGAAGUGGCGAUAGUGGCCACAGCGGGCGAAGCAACAGAAGUAAUCGCAGUAGCCGCAGUAAUCGAAGUAGCUGCAGUAAUCGAAGUAGGCGUAGUAACCGAAGUAGGCGCAGUAACCGAAGCGAUGGAAGCGAUGGAAGCACCCCAAAAGACAAAGAUCGCAGUGAGUGCACGAGCGAAAGCGGAAGGAACAUCCUCUCCAUCAUAAGGGAAAAAAACCACAUCGAAAAAUUGAAAGAGAAGAAAGAGAGGAAAAAUAAGAAGAACAAAAUAAAGCUGAACAAAUUCCCGGUGAUUGAGAAAAUCCUUGUGUGCAUAUCAGAAAUGAGCACCUACGUUUUCCUGUAUGUCCUGGAGACGACCCUUAAGCCGAUGCUCCACGAGUGCUACUAUUUGGUGCACGCGUUGACGAGGGAAGGGGCAUCUCCUAGCAAGGGAAACGCACAAGAUACACAUGCAGAGGAGGACUCACACCCUGAGGAAUGUUCACUUACUGCGCGCAACGUAAAGGUAAAAGCGAAGUGGAAGCUCGUCGCGGCGUACCUGAGUUUUAUAAACAAUGUGAUGAGCAGAAGCGCCAAAGUAGAGGAGGUAGUGACAAGGGGGAUCAGCUUUGUGAAAGAAAUAUGCAUAAUCGGGGAAAUGCUGAGGAUGGGGAAGAACGAGUUUUUCCACGAGUACCACGAUUCGGGUCUGCAUCUCUUUGGCAUCCUGGCGAGCUUUGUGUGCAUGCAUGGGGGGGUCGCCGUGCGGGGGAGUGGCACGGAGCACGACUCGACGAGCAACGCAACGAACAACGCAACGAACAACGCAACGAACAACGCAACGAACAACGCAACGAAGAACCCGACGAACAACCCGACGAACAACCCGACGAACAACCCGACGAACAACCCGACGAACAACCCGACGAACAACCCGACGAACAACGCAACGAACAACGCAACGAACAACGGGACGAACAACCCGACGAACAACGCAACGAACGAUGACGUGUUGUUCCACCAAGCUAUCAUCCUCUUCUUCUACCUGAUCGGAAUGCACCCAGGGGGAAAUGUAAAGCUCGGUGUGUUGGGCGACAGCGGACGGGACCUCCUGAACCAACAGGGGGACCACAUCCUUAAGACCGCAGAAGAAUGGAGAAGGAGCAUCGUCGAGAACCACCAUGAAUUCAUCGCAGACAUCAAACUGAACAACGAAAAUAUUCUUCGGGAAUGUAAAGAAUAUAAAAAAAACGACCUGCUCUUGUUUCUCAUGUUAGUAAGUAAAAUAAUAAAGCACAAGUAUGAACAAAUUAGCAGUUACCUAAACACGCUUCUGAUGAAUUUGUGCUUCUUACUUCUAAAGUUCCACUUCGGGAAGAAUGAAGAUUUUAAUUUAUAUAUAUCUCUUUUGAGGGACACUUACCAGGUGGACCUUCCUUACCUCCUUUUCAUUUCCACCAAUAUGGCUUCAUUCGUGAUAAGGAAUUUUUAUCACCACGUUGAGGAGAUGAAGGAAAAGUUUCUCCUCUUGAAGGGGGAAGAAGACAUUACCACAGGGAGUGAAUCUAUUCAGUUAGACAAUCAGACAGAUCUCCAACUUGAUCUGGAGUUAUCUCCACAGUUGGAUGAGUUUGACUCCCAUUCAGGAAUGAACCCCGGUGGAAUCAUUGCCGAACUUCUUCGCUUCGGCCAAGAGCCCAUUGGAGACACACUAAAGUGGAAACGCGUCCAGGUGAAAUGCCUCCUUGUGUCUCCCCAACACGGGGAGACACUAAAUAUGUCAUAUGAAAUGGAAGGGGAAAAAAAAAAAAAAAAAAAAAUUUUUUGGGGUAAAACAAAACAGGAAGAGAGACAUACAACAUGGGAAGGCCAAUCGUUUAAGGUUCGCAUGUGUGAAACAACAAAUAGAGAAGAUAUCACAUCGUUUUAUCUUGCCUACAUAGUUAGUUUAGCGUAUUGGCAGAUUUACAAUACAUGUGAAAGGGUCAUAAAGGGAAGUAGAGUGUUUUCACUUUCAGAUGAGUCACCACAUAAUCAGAAUGAUCAAGAUAAAAUAAAGGAUGAGCUCUGCAAACCCCAUCUCCUUGUGAACAAUAUAGAAGUGAUGGAACUUUGUGUAAAUUAUAUCUACCAGGAGGCAGUGGUGAGGAGCAUCCUAUCCAAGGGUACGUCAGCUAAGGGGAAAAAACAGAAGGGGCACAAAAAAGCAGAUAAUCUAAAAUGUAUUUUAAUAAUGAAUAGCAAUGAAGAGCUAAGUUACUAUGGAACAUACGUGAAUCAUCUGAUCAAUCUGAACAACCUGAACAACGUGAAGAACCUGAACAACCUGAAGAACGUGAAGAACAUGGAAAAUAUGGAAAAUAUGAACCACGUAAACAGUUUCAUUCGAAUAAAUGAAGUGUCAAAUUUACAGCUGAGGGGUCAAAUCGGCAAAAGGGGCGGAGAAGCUGAGAUGGUUCCACAUUCCAAAAUCAGUCUCAUCACCCAUCUGUUAAAUAGCAACCCGUUCCGUAAUGUUGAUGUGUUUGAAACAGACACCUUGAUAUAUAUCUUAAAACUGACCUUAACGAGUCAUUUAAUUUGUGAAGAUUGGAAAGGAAUAGCGGAGCAUCAAGGGGAAGUAGAAAUGCCAACCCUGGCUAGUUACCUAUAUGAGAAAAUGAAAAAAAAUUUAAAUCAUAUAUUUAUUACCAUGGGUGAGGAGAAGAAGAAAAAAUUUAUCGAAAGACUCAUUGAUUGCUGUGUAGAUGGGGAUGUAAUCCCAUGCAUAUCCGAUAAGGAUGGUAUGUUCGGAGGAAACACUAAAGAGAAUUAUCUAUUAGACAAUUUACGUGGGGUGAAGUUCUCACCACGUUUAAUGAAUCUGCUUCUGUUGCUUUUCCUACCUGCCCUCCUCUCCAUCCAUACACAAAUAGGACUAGACCACAUGCAAAAGUUAUUAAAAUUCUGCAUUUACAUCUUUUUAUUUAAUCUCCCCCUGGAGAGUUGUUCCUCCAAUGGCGUUGGUACCUGUUGGAAGGAUCUCACGAGCGGCGCUAAGAAUGGAAGUGCACUCCCCCCAUGGAAAUCCUUUUCGGAAUUUUUAGAUGAAAGGAGCAAGGAACACCUUAACCAAGGGGAAGUCCCUUUUUCGCAUGGCGACGAUGUAGGAGAUUGUCUUCUCCUUCUGGAUCGGACCAAUUUAGAAAAUGUGCAUAAAUGUGCCCGACAGAUUGUAGGAAUUCUAGUUCAUAACUGGGAUGGCAUUCACAAAGUGGUAGAUUUUAUUUUAUGCCCAUUCGAUUUGGUGGACGAGGUUAGCAUAAGCUUAAGUGGUGCACUAUCUUUUAAGCGCUUCAUCGACCUGUUUGCAGCAACAUAUGAGGCGUUUAUACGCAGGUGGGAAAAGGGGGCUAAGGGGGCUAAGGGGGAAGGAACAAUUUCCAAGGGGAAAGAACCACUCGGGGUAGGGGAAUCUCCAUUGGCCCCCAUUUUUAGCACACUUUUCGAACACCCCAAGUGGGACUCAUCAAUGUGUCUGUUCUGUCUACUAGAUUGCGCUUACUUUGGAAAAGAGGAUGGGGUGUUUUCUCAGAUAUUUUACAGUAGAGCCGAAAAUGAACAUCACUUGGGAGGAGGAGGUACUGCAAGGGGGACUCUAAACGGGACUGUAAACGGGAUGAAAAUUCGCUUGUUGGAUAGAGGGUACUUGGAGGGUGACAAAAGUGCAGGCGAGUUGAAGUUUAUGACCUUUUCCCUACAUGAAGACGGAGAAAUCAGGGUAGCCAAUUUGAAUGGUGUCAUGCGUCUAGGGGGGGGUAAGUCCAAUGGGUAUAGUGAAGAGAUUGGGGAAAGUAGCAGUGGUAGGGACACAGACGAAGGCACCUUCUUCCUUCGACGACACUUCCUCCAUUUCUUCGUACAGCAUUUAUCACUGAACUACGAUUUGAUCAUCCACCUGUGGAAACAUAGCGCAGAAGAAGUGAGAGAGGAAAAUCUGCACCUCCUAUGCGACAGCGUGGGAUGUGUUUCGCUACACCAGGACAAAUUUAAGCAUGUAUUGAUCUGGUAUUUUUAUUUAUACCCUUCCCAUGUCUACAGUCAUAUCUACUCAGUCAUUCAUAACAUAAAUACAAAACUCCUGUUAAGCGAAGAGAAUUACAACCGUAUUGUCUUUAAACCUAGUGAUGCUUUCCUCACCUUAUGUAGAGAACAUUUGUUGCAUUUCAUCUGUACCAUGUAUAAUUAUGUGUACUUGGUUGAUGUGGGUGAGAUAUUCUUUUCCGUAUCGGAAUUUAUUUGGUUCAUGCAGAGGGAGAAGUUCUCCUUUGAUUACUCAUUACCCUUUGAUGUCAUCAGGAGGAAUGAGAAAACGUUAAAUUUUCUGGAAAAACUGAGGAACUAUUUAUGUUCCCGGGGUGAGAGCAGUGGCACGGGCAUUUCAGAAUCAGCAGAGCUAGCAACGGAGAAAUUGAACCAAGUGAAAAGGGAGAGCAGUUCAUAUGAACAUCUAUCCGAUUCCCUCGCGCAAGGAAUGAUUAGAAGGGUGGAUACAUCUCCUCAACAGGUGGAAGAACACAUUGGUAGUUAUCCGCCCGUUGAAAACGAAGCAGAUGGGCAUCCCCCCAAGGGUGGCAACUUUUUGUCACUUUUACAAAAACGGAAAGAGAGUAGGGUACUAAAGUAUAACUGCAAGUACCUCUGCCUAAUCCACUUGGCCUCCAUUGUACUCCUGCACACACCCAUGGAGAAGGCACUACAUGAUCAUUACAAUGUGAUGGAGAUAUGCAUUCUGAAAGGAAUAAAUAAAAUUUCAAACUUUUUUAUAAGCAAAGAAGAGUACAAGCGUAACAACAAGAGGUAUAUUAAUGGGGUGUUGCGGAUGAACGCUGAGCUCGUUCGUGUUCUGUUUGCCGAGGAGGAGGGCCCAGGUCCCAAAGGGCAAAACCAUGGGGGUACGCAUAAGCAGCCAAUCGGAGGGAAACAACAUGAGCAUACGGAUGAACAGUUAAUCGGGAGGGAAGUGGUGUCAUUACUCCUCAUGAUGGCCCUGCGUCUCCUCUAUCUGAUAAUGAACCUUUUAAAUUUCGUGUUAGCGCACGAGGGGCAAAUUUGGGGAUCCAAGGAUGGAGGAUCCCCCGUAGGAGUGUCUUCCCCGACAUUUCCGAAAAGUGCUUUUCAGAAGAAUGUUCAAUUUUUAUUGUCAUACAAAUGUCGUCUGGUGAAGAGCCUGCUCAAGCUAAUCGUGUCUAUUCCUCUACCUUUGGCUAGGUAUCAGUGCGCUUGCAUUUUUUAUAUCAUUUCCUUUUUGAACUACAAGUCUUUUAUACCCUAUGAUGUCAUCCAGGACAUUAAGUGGUACUUGUCCAUUGCGUCUGUGGAUCCGCACAAGAAGAUCAGGAAAAUGGUGGUGCUUUGCAGAGCCAGGUGGAUGUAA